AUGGAAUAUCACAGUGACUUCAUCAAAGAAUUCUUGAAUCACGGUGUUCCGGUUACCAUGUGCUCGAUACUGCCUCGCAUGUCCCAUGUGGGCUUGUUACUCACACGCGACGGAUUCGGCUUGCAACAAUUGGAUGAGGACCUGCUAGAUUGCCCCGAGAUAUUGAAGGCGAUAAUCAAGAGGUCAGAGAGUCAAUUUAAGACAGAAAUUGCAAGCAGGGACGGCACCAUACCUACCAUUGGCAGCGACUUGUCAUUGUAUGAGGCAACAACCUUGCUAGGAUGGACAAGAGGCUGCCAGAUUUUGCUCGACUAUGGCGUCCCAAUUCGGGUUCUGAGCGGUAGGACCAACUUAUUGCAUGCGGCAAUACGUGCAAAACACCUAGAUGUUCUGCGUUUUUGGUUGAGUAUUAGGCACGACCUUGACAAAAAUGCAUUAGAACAUGUCGGUUAUAUCGAAACCGGGUUACACGUAGGUCAGCUCGACUCGGUGUGGGUCCACACCCUAAUGCUUGCGCUACUUAAGCAACGAUAUCGACUACAGGACCUUGCGGAACAACAUCUUCCUAAGGACCAACUCCCUUCCAAUCCGGACAAAUGCCUUGAUGCAUGCGCUGGGCGUAUUUUUGAUGCCCUAGUAGAUCGGGGUGUCACCGUCAAACCUUCUCUGAAGCCAAUUGGAAUUGGCAUUCACUGCAACAUGUGGGGCCCCUGGCAGCAGGAGGUCGCGGAUGCGUUAUUUUUGACCGGAUUCCAGGACAUCAGUGCGGAAGAUUACCGUCAGGACGGAAUCGAGUCAAUAUCGCCACUCCUAACCAACCUUACGGAGGUACAAACAUCACGACACUGCAUCUGGAAAACAUUGGAUAUGGCACAAUGGUUCAUGUUAAAAGGUGCAGACUUUGAGGAGAAGUGGCCCGGUUCUGAUGUCACAUUAUCGCACUGUUUUGGUUCGACAUUGGGAAUUCACAUUAUCGAUGCUAAGGACGAAAUCGACCUGUAUCUCGAUGAGCUUCAUCUAAGCUUCUUCACCAGCGACUGCUCAGAUUCCUGCUUAUGCGGAUGCAGUACAUCUGGUUGCCUCUUCGUCGCCUUUUUCUUCAAGGGCUUCACUACUGGAGACGUAGGGACAUAUGCUCAUCGAUGGUGGAGAACUCCGUUCAGAGCCAUGCUACACUGGGCAAGAUUAUCCGGCCCAACGCCUUCAACUGAAUUUCUUGAUGAGAGAUCUAAGAACAGGUGGCUUGUGACUGAGGUCAUUCGGCUUGUAACAUUCUUCAAACUUGGUCUUCGACAUAGCGGACUUCCGCGAGGUCACAUUUCGCCGAUUCGCUACACAGAAGACGAGAUCAAGGAGAUACGGCAGGAUGACGAAUACCUUCUUGACCAACUGGAGCGCCUUAUGGUGGAGUUCGAUGCUAAGUACGAUUCUUUAGUCAGCGGUGACACGCUCGAGGAUUUGGACAGUUUUUUCGACAAAAUUUGGAGACCAAGAAUGGAAGAAGUCCAGAGAAGUUUGGAAAAAGACGAUAUAGAGCUAUACGGUAAUGGACGCCGAGGCCUAGGGGUAGUGAUGGACCGAGAAAGUGAGUACGAUAGUGAGGAUAGUGACUACCUAUCCGACGGAAGUGAAACCUCCACCUCUGGUAAGGGCUGGGGAUCGGACAGAGACAACGUGGACUUCCGAUGGCGACUACUAGAGUGUUAA